GGCGACGGCUAAAGGACGGAGCAGCAGUAUUAACCAACAAUAACAUGUCUACUUCUCAAUAAUCAUUUUUUUCCUAUCCAGUACGUACUAGUGUACUACUCGUCCUUCCAAUUUCUACUCACGUAGCGUUAUUGAAUGCUGGCUUCUUUUCGCAGACCUAUUUCCCCCUUUUUCUCCUCCCGUCCCAGAACCUUCUUCUUCCUUCCCUUACCUCCUCGUUUUCUCGCUCUUCUUCGCUGCAAUACUGCUGCAACUGUCUCUCACUCUCACUCAACCAUGCCGCGCAACAAAGGGAAGGGUGUAAAUCGUAAGGAGGAAAAGUGGAAAGUAAAGUCAAAUCCUGGUGUAUCAUCAUCGACUGUAAGGACAGAAGCUGUCGUUGAUGAUCUUAGAGGGGUAAGCAUAACGGAACAAAGUGGACAGACACAUGCUCCUAUUACAUCGGAUCAAAAUCAGAGUGCAAGACCCGGACAUACUGUGGUUUGGAAGCGCAAAUCUUAUGGAACUUUGAGUGGCGUUACAAAUACUCCUGUCAAUGAAGUUGCUGCUCAAAAGAAGACAAAGGAAGCAGAAUCGGCUUCAAGUAAGAAGAACAUGACUAAUCUCAGUACAUUAUGCAGUGGAAAAUUAUUGGAGAACUUCACUGUUGACAACAUCACUUGUUCACAUGCCCAAAUAAGAGCUACCUUCUAUCCCAAAUUUGAAAACGAGAAAUCUGAUCAGGAGAUUAGAACGAGGAUGAUUGAAAUGGUUUCCAAUGGCCUUGGCAUUGUUGAGGUAUCCCUUAAACAUUCUGGGUCUCUUUUUAUGUACGCUGGGCAUGAAGGUGGAGCAUAUGCAAAGAACAGCUUUGGAAAUAUAUACACUGCAGUUGGUGUUUUCGUUCUUGGAAGGAUGUUUCGUGAGGCAUGGGGUAUUCAAGCGAGUAAGAUGCAGACAGAAUUCAAUGACUUUCUCGAAAGAAGUCACGUGUGCGUAUCUAUGGAACUGGUGACUGCUGUCUUGGGUGAUCAUGGCCAGCGUCCUCUAGACGAUUAUGUUGUUGUGACCGCUGUUACGGAAUUGGGUAUAGGAAAACCGAAGUUCUAUUCUACCCCUGAAGUAAUUGCUUUUUGUCGGAAAUGGCGGCUGCCAACAAAUCAGAUCUGGCUGUUCUCUACAAGGAAGUCAGUGACAUCAUUUUUUGCAGCAUUUGAUGCUUUAUGUGAAGAAGGAACAGCAACACCUGUAUGCAAGGCAUUGGACGAAGUUGCUGAUAUCACUAUACCAGGAACAAAAGAUCACGUAAAUGUGCAAGGUGAAAUUCUUGAAGGUCUAGUUGCUCGUAUUGUAAGCCCGGAUAGCUCCAAACAUUUGCAGGAGGUUUUGAGGGAUUGUUCUCCUCCACCAGUAGUAGGGGCUGAACCAGACUUGGGCCCAACGUUGCGGGAAAUUUGUGCUGCGAAUAGAUCUGAUGAGAAAGAGCAAAUCAGAGCUCUUCUGCAUGAAGUUGGUUCCUCCUUUUGCCCCAACUUUUUAGAUUGGUUUGGAAAAGAGGCAGGUGAUGUUUAUUCCAAGACUGCUGAUAGAUCUGUUAUCACAAAGUUUUUGCAAGCUCGUCCGGCAGAUUAUUCAACUAAAACAUUGCAGGAAAUGAUUUGUCUGAUGAGAGAGAAGAAAUUUCGAGCGGCCUUCAAAUGUUACUUCAACUUUCACAAAGCUGAUAGCAUGUCAAAUGACAAUAUACAUUUUAAGAUGGUCAUUCAUGUCCACAGUGAUUCUGUAUUCAGGCGAUACUCGAAAGAAAUGAGGAAAAAUCCUGGUUUAUGGCCAUUAUAUAGAGGGUUUUUUGUUGACAUAAAUUUAUUCAAAGGAAGCAAGCAAAGAGUUGCUGGAAUUGGGAAUGAAACGAGUGACACCAACAAUGUCAUUUUUAGUAGUGAUGUAUCUGGAGCAGAUUCACUAGCUGACGAGGAUGCCAACUUAAUGGUGAAAUUGAAGUUUCUCCCUUACAAGGUGCGGACUUUCUUGAUCCGAAACGGUUUAUCAAUUCUAUUCAAGGAUGGUCCUGCUGCUUAUAAGACAUAUUAUAUGAGACAAAUGAAAAUUUGGGGCACCUCAGCGGCGAAGCAAAAGGAAUUGAGCAAGAUGCUGGAUGAAUGGGCUGUAUACAUACGACGGAAGUGUGGCCACACCCAGCUGAAGUCUAAUGUUUACCUUAGUGAGGCUGAAUCUUUCCUUGAACAGUACGCGAAACGGAGUCCUGCGAAUCAAGCACUCAUAGGUGCAGCUGGAAAUUUGGUGAGGUCUGAAGAUUUCUUGGCUAUUGUUAGAGCCAUGGAUGAAGAGGGUGACCUUGAGAGAGAACAUGAGAUGGAACCUAUUACACCAUCUCCUAGCACUAAAGAUGCUGUGAGAAAAGAGGGCCUUAUCGUGUUUUUUCCAGGAAUACCAGGCUGUGCUAAAUCUGCACUUUGCAGGGAACUGCUUAGUGCUCGGAGUACUUUUGGAGAUGGUCGCCAUGUCCAAAGUUUGAUGGGUGAUCUCACUAAAGCACGAUACUGGCCGAAAGUUGCUGAAGAAUGCAAAAGGAAGCCUGACUGCAUAAUGCUUGCUGACAAGAAUGCACCAAACGUGGAAGUAUGGAAUCAGAUUGAGAACAUGAGCCAAACUAGCGGGGCAAUUGCUGUUCCAGUUAUACCUGAUUCUGGAGGCACUGAUUCGAAUCCUUUUUGCUUGGACGCAUUAUCUGUUUUUAUGUUACGCGUGCUUCAACGAGAUAAUCAUCCGGGAAACCUGGAUAAGGCAUCUCCAAAUGCAGGCUAUGUACUACUUAUGUUUUACCACCUUUACGAGGGCAGGAGCCGCAAAGAGUUUGAAGCCGAAUUAAUUGAACGAUUUGGUUCACUUGUGAAGAUGCCUUUGCUUAAAGCUGAAAGGGCUUUACUACCUGGUCCUGUAAAAGCUGUGCUCGAGGAAGGGAUCAACCUGUACAUGCUACAUACUAAGCGACACAAAAGAAUGGAAUCAAGUAAAGGCUCGUAUGCAAAGGAGUGGGUUACGUGGGAGAAGCAGUUGCGAGAAACUUUAUUGAGCAAUUCUGAGUACCUUAAUUCUAUACAGAUUCCGUUCGAGAGUGCUGUAAACAGUGUAGUGGAGCAACUAAAUGCGAUAUUAAAAGGUGAUUGUAUGACACCUAGUUCUGAGAAGAGGCGGGUUGGAGCAAUUAUUUAUGCUGGUAUCAGUUUGCCUGUUACUGAAAUCAAUCGGCACCUCAAUGAUAUUGCUGUUUCCAACUCCAUGGUUGAACGUUUCUUUAGUGACAAGAAUCUGGCAGUAACCAAGAAGGUUCAUGUAACUCUUGCUCAUAAGAGAGCUCAUGGUGUCAUAGCAGUGGCUAACUUUGGUCAAUAUAUUAACCGUAAGGUUGAUGUCGAACUUGUUGCCUUAUUGUUCUCUGCUAAUGUGGCUGCUUUGGAGGUAUGCCUUGGCUCAGUGGAUGAUGAAAAGAUUGAAUCCAAGAACGAAUGGCCACAUGUUACCUUAUGGACUGCAUCAGGAGUUGCUGCUAAACAAGCAAGUACUUUGCCUCAGUUGGUGGCACAAGGGAAGGCAUCUCGUAUUGAAAUUGAUCCACCUGUUGUUAUACAAGGAGGUGAUUUCUAACCUUGAUUGUGAUUCGCAUAGUGGCCCCCGUACUUAGAUAUUCGAGGUACCGCAAAUCCCUUCUUCUAUCUCCACUUAUCUGCAAUUUUGGAGGGCGUGUGGUGUUGCCAGCGGCGGAUAUGAGAUGGAACAAAAAACCGCGACUGGUGGCUGGCGAAUUCAAGGGCAAGAGAGGAAGAGAAAAUAGCGGCGAGUGAGCGUUGCGAAGGAGUUCCUCAGAGACGAAGAGGGAGACUACGGCGGUGAUACCUUUGUGGUGGCCGGCAAAAGAUCAAACCAAAGAGGAAAGUCAGACUACCGGCGGUGAGAUUCGCGAAGGACCGAGCAUAAAAUUCGCGAAGGACUGGAAGUAUGUAUGUAGAUCUGAUGGAGAUCGAUUGAAGACGAUGGCAAACUACCUGGGAUUGAAGAGUGAUGGAAAUUAGGAUGACCUAGUAUAGGAAUUGCAGCGAUCAAAUAUGGGACCAAGCUGCAAUUAAGAACUUGCAGCAAACGAAUAAAGGGAGAUGUUGCAAUUAACCUAACUAAUUGCAGCAAAUAUGAAUGUCCCGCGCUGCGAUUUUUUUUUUAAAAAACCGUAUUUUUCGCAACUCAGGGUGGACCAAAACGCUGCAACAUGGUCAUUUAAUGUUUGACCCGCGUUGACCAUAUCACUAUUACAACGCUUAUAACUGGCAUGAGUUGCAAUUGAUGAGUUGCAAAUGAGGUUUUUUCUACUAGUGAGUCUUGCCGGAAAACUUGUACUCCUUGAAUGAUACAAGACGUUGUUUCAUUCUUUCUUUUAAGCGCGGGAAUUCCGUCGGUAUGGGCCGACAGUCGGUAUCGCCCGACAUUCAAUUAUUUAUUUAUUGGUUUGGUGUGUGGUUGGCUUUCAACACCCUUUUUCUUCCUGUAUGGAUAUUUAUAUUUUACCCGUUAGAAGCUAUUUCUCAAUUAACAUGUGA